GGGGGGCCGCGCGGGGCCUGCUUGGCCGGGUGCGCGGGCGGGUCGGAGAGUUCUGUCAUGUUUACACGCGCGACGACGCGCGCCUUGCGCAAGAGCAAGACCCUUCGCUACGGGGUCCCCAUGCUGCUGUUGAUUGUUGGAGGUUCUUUUGGUCUUCGUGAGUUUUCACAAAUCCGUUAUGAUGCUGUGAAGAUUAAAAUUGAUCCUGAGUUAGAAAAAAGACUGAAAAUGAAUAAAAUGUCACUGGAAUCAGAGUAUGAGAAAAUAAAGGAUUCUGCUUUUGAUGACUGGAAGAAUAUUCGAGGACCCAGGCCUUGGGAAGAUCCUGAUCUCCUCCAAGGACGAAGUCCAGAAAUCUUAAAGACUAAGACAGCUUGACUAUGCUGAUUUUUUUUUUAAUGUUACCAGCUGAAUUUGCACUACGUACUCCUAUCUGGUGGAAAGAAAAUUCCAGAUCUGCAGAAGCCUGGAUGUGAGUAAUUUGGUGACAGAUAGUCAUGAUUAAAAGAUCAGGUACAGGUUUUUUGCUUCCCAACUCUGCCAUUUGCAAAUGAAAGUAACAGAUGUUGACCACAUAUGUUUUGUAACACGCAAUAAAAAUGUGAACACUGCUGCUUAA